UUCCCAGUGUCAUGGAACCUAUCAUUUGCUCCACUAGUCACGGCUACAACUAGCUUGGCACACGAACACAACGCUAUUUGCUAGCAACGGAGCUUGGGAUACCGAGCCGAUGAUAUUCUAAAUGUGACAAGAAAGCCAGCACCACGGACUUCUUGUGGGACAAACGUACAGGGCUCGCUGCUAAAACGAUGCCUUACACCAGAAGGUACACGUCCUCUGAGAGAGACAGUCGCAGCAGCUACAAUGAUCGCUACAGAGAGAAAGAAAAGGAUAGAUGGCGUCGACACCGACACAGAAGAUCGCCCACAUACUCUUCGAGCAGUGACAGAGACAGGGAUCGCCACCGAAGGGGACGAGGACAGAGACACGAUGCGAGUUACGUACGCUCAAGGAGUCGAAGCUUUGACAAUCGCUCAGCAGAGCAACGAGCAUUUGACAGAAGAUACUACGAGGGAUACAGGCGACUGGAUCCGAGCCGAGAUCAAGAUCGCGACCAUGACAGAGAAAGGGAGCCGCACGGAGCAGCUGAAAGUUACUAUCCACGCGACUUCUCCCCAAGCAUGUACGACUACCGACGGGGUCGAGAAAAGGAACGGGAGCGGGAUGAUUCGUACAGACGAAAAGGCAGCAGGCGUAAGCACAAACGAAGGCGGCGUAGAACCAGGUCCUAUAGCCCAUCGUCUUCGCGGAGCAACAGCCGGACGCGGGCACUGAGUGUGAGGGACGACGAGGAAGGGCACCUGAUCUGUCGGAGUGGGGACGUCCUACAAGAGAGAUAUGAGAUUGUCAGUACUUUGGGGGAAGGCACUUUUGGGAGGGUGAUGCAGUGCAUUGACCAUCGCAGGGGUGCAUCCAGCGUGGCUUUAAAAAUUAUCAAGAAUGUGGAGAAGUACAAAGAAGCAGCUCGCCUGGAGAUCAAUGUGCUUGAGAAGAUCAACGAGAAGGAUCCAGAAAACCAAUUCCUGUGCGUGCAGAUGUACGACUGGUUCGACUACCACGGUCACAUGUGUAUCUCCUUUGAGCUGCUUGCUCUCAGCACCUUCGAUUUCCUCAAAGAGAACAACUACCUGCCCUACUCCAUCGGUCAAGUCCGACAUAUGGCCUACCAAGUCUGUCUGGCUGUGAAGUUUCUCCAUGACAAUAAGUUGACACACACUGACCUAAAGCCUGAAAACAUCCUAUUUGUCAACUCGGAUUUUACCAUGUCCUAUAAUGUGGAGAAGAAACGAGACGAAAGGACGGUUAAGAGCACGGCCGUACGCGUGGUGGACUUUGGCAGCGCCACUUUCGACCAUGAGCAUCACAGCACCAUUGUGUCCACCAGGCAUUACCGAGCCCCCGAGGUCAUUUUAGAAAUGGGAUGGAGCCAUCCUUGUGACGUGUGGAGUAUCGGCUGUAUCCUCUUUGAAUACUACCUGGGCUUCACCUUGUUUCAGACUCAUGACAACAGGGAGCAUUUGGCCAUGAUGGAGAGAAUCCUUGGACCCGUGCCAUCCAGAAUGAUCCGCAAGACCAGAAAGCAAAAGUACUUCUAUCGAGGCCGUCUGGACUGGGAUGAGAGCUCCUCAGCGGGGAAAUACGUCCGGGAAAACUGCAAGCCUCUGAGGAGAUACUUGCUGUCAGAGGCGGAGGAGCACCACCAGUUGUUUGACCUCAUCGAAAGCAUGCUGGAGUACGAGCCCUCCAAGAGACUGCUCCUCGCCGACUCGCUCAAGCACCCCUUCUUUGAUUUUGGGGGGAGCAGCGAGGCGGCGGCCGGCAGUAAGAGCUGGGAAGCAAACCGAGACAUCAGCCGGUGAUCCGGAGCACCUCCUCCUGCUACGGCACUAUUUUAAUACACGGAGCGGAGCGGUGGCUUUCUUUUGUUCAUCAUUCUAGAAGCAGGAAUCUUGUACAGUCAGGGCUUCAAGAGGACAACUAUGAUCCAAACUAGUCCUCUAUGCAUCUCACGUCUUCCUCCUCACGUCAUCCGUCCAAACAUGUGGUGCAACCGAGACUUUCUUGAGGUGCCGUGUCAAGUCAUUUUGGGAGAAGAAAUGUCUUCUUCUUGUGGAUGGUGAUAAGGAGGGAAAGGAAAAAAAGAAGUCGUCGUCGUCAUCAUCAUCCCACAGACCAUCCAUCAAUUUAGGCGGUUAUCAUGCUUAAUGAGGGCAAGCUAAAGGCUCAUUUUUCCUGCCAUGGAAUUUCCAGAGUGAUGCAAGUGAUUUUCGAUAAAUGAGCACUUGCACCAAAUUGGCAUUUUCCAUGCACCUUUUAAGCUCUAGAGAAUGGAGGCCGUGAAAAGGCCUUCCUUAGUCAGUCAUCACCAAUGAGACACACUCCACUCUUGCUAUAGUCUUGCUGGUCGUUAACGCCACCAAGAACAGGAGGGAAGGUAACGUUUUCUGGCUUUAUUUGUUUUUGUUUCUGACUUUCUCUUUUGUUUCUACAUGGUAUGCAUUGUUUUCUACAUGUGAUGCGAGUGCGUGCGUGCGUGCGCCGGGAACGCCACAUUUAUAUAAAUGUCCUACGCUGUGACUUGUAGCUUGCCCAGUACCUUUAACAACAAAAGUAUAAAUUGCCUUUCUGCAGGCGUGAUGUCAUCACACCUGAGGUUUUCCCCACUGAAGAUAAGCACACGUCCCGCAGGAGGGGGGGGUUCAAAUGAGCUGCACACAACUGUUUGAUAUUUAUUUUUGGGGGUGGUAUUAAAAUAGGUCAUUGUUCUCACCUCCCGUGUAUACAUGAAUUGUUUUUGUAUGAAACGAAAGCCUAUAAAAGUGUAUAUAUGUAUGAUGCUGUAGAAAUAAAGUGCAAGUCCUGAUUUCCAAAGGGAAAC